AUGCAGUUGAUUGAUAUACUUUGGACGUGGGGUCCUCUUGUGGUGAUUUUCACCAUGUUGCUGGCAUACAAUGCCGAGUCUCUUGGUCAUGCCUUUCGCAGGACCAGCAACUACCCAAUCGUCAACUACCAAAAAGGCGCCUUGACUUAUGCUGCUGCUAGAAGAGAGUUUUUCUCGGGGCCUUUUAAAGUCAUCACCCUCUCCAAGCCGUUGAUUAUCCUGCCUCCAGAGUUGAUCGAUGCCGUUAACGCCGAGAGAAAGCUGAGCUUCCUCGAAUAUGUCCGGGAGGAAUUCUUGUCGGAUUUCGACACCUUCCGAACCUGCCGCCCGAUGCCGCCGGGUAUGUUCAGCAAGGCCAUUCAGAAUGGCAUAAACCGCCGCCUGCCCAAAUUCAUCAAGGGCAUGUCCCUUGAGCUAUCUGCAUGCUUGGAUAAAAGCUUCGGUUACCAGCAAGACUGGCAAGAGGUUAACUUUAUCAAUGAAGCCCGGGGAUGGGUCGCCCACAUGACAACCUUGGUUUUCCUGGGAGAAAGCUUUGCCCACAACCAGCAGUGGAUCGACGUCACAACUGCAUUCGUCGAAAACAUGUUCAUGGCGAUGGCGGUGACGAGAUCCUUUCAUCCUUUGUUGAGGCCGUUGGUGGAUAGGGUUUCGCCCCUCAACCGCAAGGUGCGGAGAUACCAGAAGGUCAUCGCUUCGAUUCUGGGCCCCGUGAUACAGGAGCGCCACGUGGAGCUCGAGGUUGCCAGAAAGAACGGGCGGAAGCCGGACCUGCCGGAUGACUCGAUCGAAUGGUUCCGCCAGGCUGCCGACGGUUUCAACUAUCCCGAGAUCUGGAUUCAGAUGGGGCUCAACCAAGUCUCGAUGCAGACCACGAGCAACCAGCUAUGUCAGUCCGUUCUCUAUCUCUGCGCCAACCGACAACAUCUCGAGCCGCUUCGAAAAGAAGCCAUCGAGGUUUUACAGAGAGACGGUCUGGAAAAGGCCGUCACCAACAUGAACAGCCUGAGCUUCAUGGACAGCUUCCUCAAGGAAGCGCAGCGGCUCAAGCCCGAGGGACUGGCCAGCAUGCAUCGUCGCGCCAUGGAAGAUGUUCAGCUCGGCCCGGACGUCACGAUCCGGAAGGGCGAGCACCUGGCAAUCUCGGCACACCAGAUGUGGCAAGAAGGCAACUACCCGGAGCCCGAGCUUUUCGAUCCUUACCGCUUCCUGGAGCGCAAGAACAACCCCAAGUACGCCAACCGAUGGGCCUUUGUCUCGACCAGUCCAGACCACAUGGGCUUUUCCCACGGGAAGCUGGCCUGUCCUGGGCGUUUCCUUGCCGCCAGCGUCUUGAAGAUUGCCAUGUUGCACUUGAUACUCAAGUACGAUCUCAGGAUAGCAGACCCGAAAGAUGCAAACCCUUGGUUCCAUGGGACAUAUGCAAUGGUCAACACGAAUGCGAGAAUAUGGGUGAGGUCGAGGAAGCCCGAGGUGGAUUUGGAGGCACUGGCGAGGCAAAUUUAA